UCUUUAGGGAUAAAAAACUGGAAAGCUGGAUUCCAUUUCUCUUGGGGAUUCACGGUUUGAUUUACACUCGCAAUUUAUUCAUAUCUUUGGACAGGUGCGGCUUUGUUUUCGCGCUCCAUGGCACAUGGACGUGAACUUGAAAUUUAAAUCUUUAAUGAAAUCAUUGCCAUCCACCGACGACGUCCCACAUGUCAUUCGUCGGUCCCAUUUGCAUUCGCGUUCCCACACCCAGCCCAGCCAAACCCAAACCCAUUGCCUGAUUAUACGCCAGAGGGAUGAGCAGUGGGUGGUUGUGUGGUGGGUGGUUAUGUGGUUGAGUGGUUGUUUGGCGAAUGUUAGUGCUGAUGGAUCAGCAUGAGUCUCUCUCUUUCUGUGUGUUCCCCCGACAGCCGGCAGGGCCAAUUACCUGCAGCUCGUUUUGCAAUCCCUAGCUGGGGGGGAUUGGGUAUGGGGCGUUUGGAGGUAGCCAUGCAUAUGCAAAUAUUUUGGCAUUUAUUACAGUUACUUAUCCGCUGCGUGGGCGUAAAUUCUGUUUUUGCAAUUUGUUGCAACUCGAAAAGUCUGACGCCUAAUUGGGAAUACAAAAUUGUCGCGUACUAUGUUUGCACUAAUUGUGGCUACGAUUACGGCUGUCCACGCUCCGGGCCGUACUUUGGCAAUCACGAAAACAAAUUGAUUUGCCAUAUAUUAUUUAAGCAAUCUAUAGAUAACCCAAUCUCAUCCACCCUGGAGUGGCUUUCAAUUAAAAAACAUAAACAAUUCAGUAAGAAACUUAUCUACUUGCAGCGCCAGCUGAUGGAGGCCUACAUCCGGCAGAAGAGAGCCUCGCCGGGAAUGGUGCAGGCCAGCGAUCUGCAGAUCAACCGGCCCAUGUCCGGGAUGAGGAGUAACAGCCGGGAACUCCAUGCCUACGACGGUCCCAUGCAGUUCAUCAGUUCGCCCCAGAAUCCCGACCAAAUCCUUAGCAACGGCAGUCCCGGAGGCAUCGCUCCAGCUACCAUCAACACCAGUCGCAAUCACUCGAACAACAUGCGCAGUCUUAGUACCAUCAAUCAGGAGGCCGAUCUUAUCGAGGAGAUAUCCUCCCACGAGCUGGAGGACGAGGAGAGCAGUCCGGUGACUGUCAUCGAGCAGCAUUCCGCCGUACACAGCGCCAACUCAACGCAAUCGCAGCGGCCGCGACCCCGCCAGCAUUCCUUCAGCGACACCCUGGACGAGGACGACUACACCAACCGCAACGUGGCUGCAGCCGCUCCAGUGCGUCCCGCCGGCGUGCCUUCGUCGCCGUACAAGGAGGCAACACUGGACGGAAGCAGCAACGGAACAGGCAACGGGACAGGAGGCGAGUCCGAAGGCGAUGUCAUCGGCAACAUUGAUCAGUUUGUGAUGCAGCCGGCUCCCCAGGGUGUUCUCUACAAGUGUCGGAUCACCCGCGACCGGAAGGGCAUGGACAGAGGUCUAUUCCCCAUUUACUACUUGCAUCUUGAGCGGGAUUACGGAAAGAAGAUCUUUCUACUAGGAGGACGGAAGCGAAAGAAGAGCAAGACAUCCAACUACAUUGUCAGCUGCGAUCCAACGGAUCUCUCUCGCAACGCGGAUGGCUUCUGUGGCAAGCUUCGCUCCAAUGUAUUCGGCACAUCCUUCACGGUCUUCGACAAUGGGAACAAGGAGAGUACGGAGAGUCCCCGACUCGAUCUGGCUGUUAUCAUUUAUGACACCAACAUCCUGGGAUUCAAGGGACCCCGCAACAUGACUGUGAUACUGCCGGGCAUGACUGAGGACGAUCAGCGUGUCAAGAUCAGUUCCGCGGAUCCCAAACAGCAGGGCAUACUGGACCUCUGGAAAAUGAAGAAUAUGGACAACAUCGUGGAGCUGCACAACAAGACACCCGUGUGGAACGAUGAGACCCAGUCCUAUGUGCUCAACUUUCAUGGACGCGUCACCCAGGCUUCGGUGAAGAACUUUCAGCUGGUCCACGACUCGGAUCCCGAGUACAUAGUGAUGCAAUUCGGAAGGACAUCGGAAGAUGUGUUCACCAUGGACUAUCGCUAUCCCCUGUGCGCGAUGCAAGCCUUCGCCAUAGCCCUGAGCAGUUUCGAUGGCAAAAUAGCCUGUGAGUGAGCCCGGUCCAUAACUUUGGAUUGCCAGUUCGUCCUGCUGCCUUAUGUACAGCCUCCUGGAAGGUGGAGCUCGCCCCUCAGGCCACAGAUUCUUUGGAUAUAUGUAUGUGUGUAGUCGCGGAAAUCUAGUCACUCGCCGAACUCCGCUGCCGCCGAUCGGUGGCGGGAGUCGGAACGACAUCGUUGUUGUUAGUAGCUCUAUAUGGUAGCUCUAAUUGUAUGACAUUUAUUCAAAAUGUGCUCACCGAUUUUAUAAUUAUUUACUUAGGACUUACGUAGCUCGUACUAAGUAGCUUUGUAAAUCUUAAUGUGCCCUAGCCGUAAGUUGGAUUGUAAGAGAAAUGAAUAUCAAUUUUAUAGACCGCUUAUAGCGACAAGUUAAGAUCGAAUAUUAUGUAAACUAUAUCAAAUGGAAUUACUAUUAGUCGGUAAGAGAGCAUUACUAACUUGUGCUGAGCUCUAAACUAAACUAGGCAGCUAACUUAAUCAUUAUUUUCCAUCGUAUGAUGGAAUACAUUUAUGUAUUUACGUCUCAAUAUCACGCAAAUGCAAAUCAAAUAAAAUCCAAGUGCAAAUUAAAUAAAACAUUG